UGAAAUCAAUCCAAACUAAACUAAAAGAAAAAGAAGAAGAAGAAGAAAAUGUCAAGCGAAGGAAGCUCUGAAAAUCCAAAUAUUCAAUUAGCCAAUUAUUCUCAACCAACGACAUUCACAGUUGACACAGCUUCACGCAACUCAUUAGCAGAAGCAGAACAAGAUUUUCAGGAUCCAAUUAACAUCAACAUUCACAAAAGACAAAAGAUUGACCAUCCUAACGAUGGCCAACCUGUGCAAGAUUCCAAUGAAUUCGCUACCGAAUGUUCUCUGUGUCAAAAGAAUUGGACUAAUAGUGGACCUCAUAUUAUUGUGAGUCUCAAGUGCGGGCACUUGUUUGGAAAAAGCUGUAUUAGUCAAUAUAUACGUGCAGGAAUAUGUAAAUCAAACGUAAAAGGAACAAGAUCAAUGUGUCCUACAUGCGGAGAGCCAGCAAAAAAACAUCAUAUUCAAAACAUUUGGCCAAGCAAGGUUAUUCCACACGAUCCAAAAGAACUUAACCGACUAAAGCAAGAAAUAAAUGUUCUUCAAGAAAUCAUAAGCUUUCAAGAAGAGGAACUCGCAUUAUCCACCAAAACCUACCAACGAGCAUGCAAAGUACUGAGCCAAUACAAAUUACCUAUUCCACAAAACAACGAACCAGUCAAUCCAGAGAAAGACGAUCUGAAAAUAGACAAGAUUCAAGACUCAAGACUCUUUGCACCAUGGAGUUCGAGUUCAUUGUCACCCAAUAGAAAUUCAUGCCGUGUUAUGGCCAUGGAUUCUCGCGAUAGGAUAUUAGUGGCAUCUCUCAAACAUCCUACCAAAGGAUACGGAAUCCAUAAAACGAGUCUAUUGGACCCACUCUCUACAGAUUUUACUCCAAUUCAUGAUGGCUUGAUCCGUGAUAUCGUCUACUCUGCUAAAAGAGGUCAGAUACUUACCACAAGUAUCGACAAGACCUUGAAAAUAUCAUCGGCACUUAACAAUUGUGUUCUUCAAACAUAUAAUUUGGACUGUGCUGGUUGGUCUUGUGAUUUCGAUUCAGUUGACCCAAAUAUACUCUACUGUGGUCUCAGUAACGAUACGGUGAUGGUCUAUGAUAUUCGAAACACAAAGGAAUCCUUGUUCCGUUUGCGCAAUUCAGAGAUCACUGGAGGUGCUCAGAUCCAUUCACUCCAUACGUGUGUGAUUGAAGGUCGAUCAACCAUAUUAUGUGCAAAUUCAUUAAAAGCAUAUAUGUGGCAAUCAGAAUCAACCGAGUCGAAUACUGAAGAUGAUUAUAUUUGCAGUCUUUUGAACCUAGGAACAGAAGGAUAUACAUCAUUCUCUUUGUCAAUAGAUUUAUCAAGACAAGAGCUACUGCUUUCAUCAAGAAAACAUGGCUCUACCCAGCAUAUUGUGGCUUCAUGGGACAAAUCCAAAAAACUAUUUACUUCAGAAUGGUCGAUCCAGUCUGAUAUUUCACAAAAGACGCUAGCAAGGACAAGCUGUAUACAAAGAGGCUCACAAGAUCCUGCCGUGUGUUACUCGGACGAAAAAAGUGGAAUGCUGUACAUAGAAGAUAAAGAUCAUGAAAUAUUGACAAUACCAGUUGGUGGACAGAUUAUGGAUAUAAAGUAUAGUAAAAUUGAUGGAGAAGAGAUUCUUGCUGGCCUUACAGAUGAUUCACUUCAUCUGUUCAAGUAUCAGUAGAGUGUUUGUGUAGAUUGGAGUAAGAAGAAGACAAAAGCUUGUGUGUACGCCUUUUAAAAUCAGAUUCUCUUAUUUCUUUGAUAUAUACAUAUUAAAAAUAAAAUACCCCCUCUAAACACG